AUGACAACUUAUUCAAGCUCUCAUUUCAUUAUACUUUCUGUUCUUGUUUUCUGCAUUUCAUUGGGAAACUCUUCAUUUGAGAGUGACUUUCUUCAAUGUCUUUCGCAACAAUCUCAAACUUCAAUACCAGUUUAUACACCAAAUAAUGCGAAUUACACAACUAUCUUAGAAUCCACUAUACAAAACCUAAGAUUAUUAUCACCCACAACCCCAAAACCAUAUUUAAUAGUUACACCUUUGCUUGAAUCUCAUGUUCAAGCAUCUGUAACUUGUUCGAGAAAGAACAACAUUCAGAUCAAAACUCGCAGUGGCGGACACGAUUAUGAAGGUCUGUCUUACCUAUCUGACAUUCCAUUCGUGGUCGUUGAUUUAAACAAACUUCGAUCAGUUUCUGUUGAUGUACAAACCGAAACUGCCUGGAUUCAAUCCGGUGCAACUCUAGGAGAAGUUUACUAUAACAUUGCAGCAAAAAGUCGAACACUUGGGUUUCCCGGUGGUAUUUGCUCGACUGUCGGUGCUGGUGGCCAUUUCAGUGGAGGUGGUUAUGGUACCCUGUUAAGAUCAUAUGGCCUUGCAGCUGAUCAAGUCAUUGAUGCACGUAUAGUCAAUGUUGAUGGUGAAAUUCUUGACAAAACAACUAUGGGAGAAGAUUUGUUCUGGGCCAUUAGAGGAGGUGGUGGAGGAAGUUUUGGAAUCGUUCUUUCUUGGAAGGUUAAAUUGGUCACGGUUCCAUCUACUGUAACUGUUUUUACAAUCUUCAAAACCGUACAGCAAGGUGCAACUGCACUUGUGUAUAAGUGGCAAGAUAUCGCGUAUAAUCUUCCUGAGGAACUCUUCAUCAGAGUCCUGUUAGAUGUCUUUAAUCAAAAUGGUGUUAGAACUGCGCGAGCUUCAUUCAACUCCAUAUAUCUUGGAAGCAAGGAAAACCUCUUAAGUCUAAUGAAUCAAAGAUUUCCGGAGUUAGGCUUGACGAGUAAUGAUUGUACCGAAAUGAGUUGGGUUCAAUCUACUCUAUAUUUUUACGGGUUACCCGUUAAUGGUCCUCUUGAAAAUCUACUCAAUAGAAAUCAAGCCAAGUUCUUUUUCAAAGCAAAAUCUGAUUACGUGAAGGUACCCAUUCCAACAGUGGGAUUUGAUGGAAUUUGGAAAAGAUUAUUGGAACAAGAUUACCCUCUUUUGAUUUUUGUUCCUUACGGUGGAAAAAUGGAUGACAUUUCUGAAUCAUCAAUUCCUUUCCCACAUAGAGAAGGAAAUAUAUACCAAAUCCUGUAUCUAACACAUUGGGGAGGUUUAGCAGAAAAUGAAGAACGAGUAAGCUGGAUGAGAAGACUCUAUGCGUAUAUGGCACCUUAUGUAUCUAAAAAUCCAAGAGCAGCAUAUGUGAACUACAGAGAUGUUGAUAUAGGUCAAAGUACAAAUGGUACAGCAACUUACUUGCAAGCUAAAGUCUGGGGUGGUAACUACUUCAAAAAUAACUAUGACAGAUUAGUUCGUGUGAAGACUAAAGUUGAUCCUGCAAAUUUCUUUAGAAACGAACAAAGCAUUCCAAGUGUUGCAAAUGCUUGA